AUGACCGACGAAUCUGUGCUGGGAACAAAAAGCCGAAUUUUGGAUUUAUUUUCAGACCUGAAUGAAGCAGAUUUACAAAAUAUUGAAUCAUGGAUUUCGUCUCAGAGUUACAAAAAAAGGUUAAAUAAAACAUGUGUUUCAGAUUUAGAAAUAAAAAAGUCUUUACAAAAAAAAGAGAAACAAUUAUCUAAGAUAGCAAAUAGCUUGAAAAAGAUAGUUCCAUUUAAAGCUGAAAUGCCCUCUGAAGUUAUUAUUCCACCUAUAGUUGGAGAUCAAGCUGAUUGUACUAAAGAAAAUACAUGUCAUGUUGAUGAGUUUCUUUAUGAUGACCAGGAAGUAGACAAAUUAGUUAAAUCAGGAAAGUUGUCACGGUUUUACUGCACAGAUUGCAUGUCUAGAGGUAUUAAUGAGCUGAUUUUUAUUUCACAUUCAAUGUCCAAACAAGCUCUCAUGUAUAUAUUUUAUGUACUCUUGCCUAAUGAUCUAGAAGAGAAGCAAAUUUUAGAUGUUGGCUCAAGAUUAGGAGCAGUUCUUUAUGGUGCUUAUUAUCUUUCAAAUGCAUCCUCAAUUGUUGGUGUAGAAAUGAAUAAAGAUUGUUGUGAGAUUCAAGAAAAAACGUUAAAGAAGUUCUCAAUGGAUCCAAACAAAAUAAAAAUAGUAAAUUCAGAUAUCUUAGAAAGAUGUGAUAUUGUUCAAAAUUCAAAUAUUAUAAUAAUAAAUGUAUUAGACUUUUUUGUGGACACAGAAAAACAUAAAGAAAUGUGGUAUUUCUUUAAGAAGUAUAUUAAAAAGGGAAGUUACCUAGUAUCAAAUAGAAGUAUGGAUGAAACUUUGAGUGCUUUGCAGAUGUCUGAAGACAUGAUGGAAUGGUUAACAAUUUGUAAACCAAAUCAACUUGAGCAUGAAAUUUUUUUUGAUGUAGAAGAUUAUAGUGAAUUAUUUUUAUACACAGUUAAUUAA